AGUCACUACGUUAGCGCGUUCGUUCGUUCAAAGGUGCCAGGAAUCUCCUUCACUGACAAACCCGCCACGAUUCGCUUCGAAAAUUUUCAUGGCCUCCACCGAUCAAUGUCAACCGCAGUUUCAUCAUCUUCUCUGAUUGUUCACAAGUUAGUUGUACCCUUUCCACCAUUGAUUGUACCUUCAUAGCUAUCUGCAUUACACUGGUUUCUAUCUCAAUGGACACAAGAAAACUACUACCCCUUUUGAGAACCUGUGUGAAUUCCAAGUCACUGAAGCAAGGCAAGCAAAUCCAUCAAAGGGUUGUAACUUUGGGCUUGCAAAAUGAUGUUCUUUUAUGCAAGAACCUCAUUGGUUUAUACAUUUCAUGCCACUUGUUUGAUUCUGCAAAGCAUGUUUUUGAUGCCAUUGAAAACCCAUCUGAGAUUUCUCUGUGGAAUGGCCUAAUGGCUGGUUACACUAAGAAUUACAUGUAUGUAGAAGCCCUUGAGCUUUUUCAGAAGCUGGUACAUUACCCUUACUUAGAGCCUGGUAGUUAUACUUACCCUAGUGUUCUUAAGGCCUGCGGCGGGCUGCGUAGAGCCGUCUUGGGAAGAAUGAUUCAUACAUGUUUGAUAAAAACUGGGCUUGUGGCGGAUGUUGUAGUUGCGAGCUCUCUUGCGGGGAUGUAUGCUAAAUGCAGUGCACUUCAGCAUGCUAUACAGGUGUUUGAUGAAAUGCCUGAGAAGGAUGUGGCGAGCUGGAAUAAUGUGAUUUCUUGUUAUUACCAAAGCGGGAGAUUUGAAGAGGCUUUGCGGUAUUUUGGCUUGAUGAGAAGAUCUGAAUUUGAGCCUGAUUCAACUACAAUCACCGCCGCUAUUUCCUCAUGUGCUAAACUUUUGGAUUUGGACAGCGGAAGGGAAAUUCAUAAGGAGUUAGUUGAUACUGGGUUUCCGAUGGAUAGUUUCGUUAGCUCUGCACUUGUUGGCAUGUAUGGUAGCUGCGGUGACCUAGAAAUGGCCAUAGAGGUUUUUGAGAAGAUUCCUAAAAAGACUGUUGUUUCUUGGAAUUCCAUGAUUACAGGAUAUCGGGUGAAAGGUGACAGCAUUUCGUGCAUUCAACUUUUUAAGAGGAUGUACAAUGAGGGGAUCAAGCCAACUUUGACUACUUUAAGCACUAUAAUAAUGGCUUGUUCACGAUCAGCCCGAUUAUUAGAGGGGAAGUUUGUACACGGAUAUAUAAUACGAAACAGGAUACAACCUGACGUAUAUAUAAAUAGCUCACUCAUGGAUCUAUACUUCAAAUGUGGAAAGGUAGGGUCAGCUGAAAACAUAUUUAAAUUAAUACCGAACACAACCGCUAAUUUCUGGAAUGUUAUGAUUUCCGGAUAUAAGGCUGAAGGCAAUUUUUUUAAAGCCCUUGACCUCUUUAGUAAAAUGAGAGAAUCAUAUGUUGAACCAGAUGCGAUUACAUUUACCAGUAUUUUAGGAGCUUGUUCACAACUAGCAGCACUGGAUAAUGGUAAAGAGAUUCACAAGCUUAUUACUGAGAGAAAUUUGGAAAACAAUGAAGUGGUUAUGACGGCUCUCUUUGAUAUGUAUGCAAAGUGUGGCUCUAUAGAUGAAGCAUUUUGUGUUUUUAAAUGUUUGCCAGAAAGAGAUCUGGUGUGCUGGACUUCCAUGAUUACUGCUUAUGGGUCUCAUGGUCGAGCCUCUGAAGCUUUGGAGCUUUUUGCUGAAAUGCUGCAGACAAAUGUAAAACCUGAUAGAGUAACUUUUCUUGCAAUAUUAUCUGCUUGUGGCCAUGCUGGGUUGGUUGAUGAGGGAUGCUAUCAUUUUAAUCAAAUGAUCAAUAUUUACGGUAUUAAACCUGGAGUUGAACAUUAUUCAUGCUUGAUUGAUCUUCUUGCGCGUGCUGGAAGGUUGCAUGAAGCAUAUCAGAUUCUGCAAAAAAACCCUGAAAUCAAGGAUGAUGUUGGGUUGUUAAGCACAUUAUUUUCUGCAUGUCGUUUACACAGAAAUCUUGAUUUGGGGGUUGAAAUUGCAAAUGUACUUAUUGACAAGGAUCCUGAUGAUCAAUCAACCUAUAUUAUCUUAUCAAACAUGUAUGCUUCUGCGCAUAAAUGGGAUGAGGUACGCAUUGUGAGAUCAAAGAUGAAAGAGCUUGGAUUAAAGAAGAACCCAGGGUGUAGUUGGAUUGAGAUUAACCAGAAGAUCCAUCCUUUCUUUGCUGAAGACAAUUCACAGUAUCAUCUGGAAUUGGUUAAUAUAUGCCUUUCAUAUCUUACUGCUCACAUGGAAGAUGAGUCUAAACCAUUUAUGUAUCAUUUUGAUAUUAUAGCAUGUACGUACCAGUCCUCAAAUUAGCAAACAAGGAUAAGCUUACCAGCUGAAUAUGAUGAGGAUCCUGAGACAAUGAUCUUUGGUGUAAGUAACUAAUCUUUAAGUUUAUCCUUUGAAAAUCCAAUCACAAAAGAACUCUUGCAUUGCCCUUUGCUUGAUUUCAGAUUUCACCUAGGGUUACCAAAUCAAUGGAUGAUGGAAGCUAGCAUUCAUAAUAUAUUAAUAUA